GCUGGCCGCCAAGCAGGGUGCCUUUGACUGCCGACUGUCAGGAAACCAGCAAGGAGGUGAACGCUCUGGAGUGUGAGAUCCAGCUGCUGAAGAACCUGCGCCACGACCGCAUCGUUCAGUACUACGGUUGUCUCCGGGACCUCGAGCAGAAGAAACUCACCAUCUUUGUGGAGUUUAUGCCCGGGGGCUCGAUAAAGGACCAGCUGAAAGCCUACGGGGCUCUGACGGAGAAGGUGACCCGCAGAUACACCCGGCAGAUCCUCCAGGGAGUGUCCUACCUGCACAGCAACAUGAUCGUACACAGAGACAUCAAAGGUGCUAACAUCCUGAGAGACUCGACAGGGAACGUGAAGCUGGGAGACUUCGGAGCCAGCAAACGUAUCCAGACCAUCUGCAUGUCAGGCACAGGGAUCAAGUCCGUCACCGGCACCCCCUACUGGAUGAGCCCCGAAGUCAUCAAUGGGGAGGGAUAUGGCCGGAAAGCUGAUGUGUGGAGUGUUGCCUGCACCGUGGUGGAGAUGUUGACUCAGAAACCUCCGUGGGCCGAGUACGAGGCCAUGGCGGCCAUUUUUAAAAUCGCCACGCAGCCUACGAAGCCCAUCCUUCCCGACUCGGUGUCGGACGCGUCACGGGACUUCCUGCGGCAGGUCUUCGUGGAGGAGAAGUGGCGGCCGACUGCGGACGUUCUGCUCAGCCACCCGUUCGUUCAGGGCUGUUUCUGAGGACCCUCACCCCUUCUCUCCCCUCCUCUCCUCUCCGGGCCUCCCCCUCCAACUUCCUGCCCGGAAAUCUAUCACCAGUGUCUGCCUUGUCAGGAACGCUGCAUCCCUCAGCAACUAGACUGAAAAAACUGAAACGUUGACUUUAAUUAAAUGUAUUAUGUCAACAGAUUUCACAUAACUGUAUUAGGUUAGUUGAAAGCAAUAGUAUUAAGUUUAAAUACAAAAUAUCAAGUUCAACAUAAUAAUAGAUAGAUAGACACUUUAUUGAAGUAGUAGAAACGUAUAUACAUAGGAUAGUAUAUCAAUUACAGAUGUAGGUAGCUGUUGUAGAGCGGGAGAAACUGAAACUACGGAGCAGAAAUUAUUAUUUGUAUUAUUGCUUUCAACUAACCUAAAACAAUUAUGUGGAAUCUGUUGAAAAAAUACAUUUAUUUAGAGUAAGCAUUUCAGUUUUUUCAGUGUGGAUGAAGCCUGGUUCGUCACCAAGAGGCCAGGUCGACGUCGAGUGUUGCCCUAAGAGGGGAACAACGAGAAAGCACUUAGCGGCUUCACAAGCUACUGACUGAAAGAGCAGGAAACGUGACCAAGAGCAGUGACGCCUCAAGAUUUUGGGGGAUUUUUACUCAUUUACUGCCGCAGAACAAUGUCCAGGUUCAGCCUGACAGUAAUGUCGACCACAUCUGAUAGCAGUGGAAGCCAGUGGUUCCCAACCGGGGGAACAGGGGGAUAUGUAGAAAGAUUAUGGAUUGCGAUUUAUUCCCACACAAAAAACACUUUUAUAUCAAUUUUCUGGUAGUCUGGUAUAAGUGUUUUAAUAAAAGACUGAUAGUGGGAAGUGAGUUUCAAUAUAAUUUCUUCAGCUAAAAUAACUCUAAAUGUCAAGGGGUGAGUUACAGAAGGGAUUUUCAUUUCAUGAGCAGUUGGGUUGAAUUCAAUUACAAAGGGUUUAAUACAUGUAGGCGAUGAUCACAGAUGAGUGAGGGGGAAAGGUUGGGAACCCCUGCUGUGAGUUACUCAUCAGCUGUGUGUACAGAUGGUAGAAUAUAUUUUAUAUGACAUACAAUACAAAGUUUUCUAUCGUCACCUGAAAAAAUGUCAAUGUAUUUUUGUCAACGCCUUACAAUAAGAGUUUGUAAGUAAGAAUGUCUUUUUUUCACGGCACUCAGAACCCCCCCCCCCCCGUUUUUAGAAUGGAUUGUGCACUUUUGAUAUCAUGCAUUGAAACAUUUCCAACGUGCAGGAUAAUCAACGGAGAUAUUUUUCUAUUUGAAGCAUUUUUUUUUUUAUAUCAUUGAGAAUUGUUGUGUCAAGAAAAAAAAGAACCAAACUUUUUGCAUCAGUUAAUAAGCAAUACCAGCUGUACUGUUGGAGUCAUUCCAGCUUCCCAUGCAGUGAGCCUUGAGUCCAUUGGAGAAACAGUAGCCAAAGAAAAAGUGUCAGAAACUUUGGGCUAUGUUCAUGUUCAGUAUUAGUCAUUAUGGAUCGAUUUCUCACCUCAGAGCCCUAUACGCCUUUUCUAUGUUACGGCAGCUUGGUGCACGGUAGUCUGCACAGACCAAAUCACAUUGUAUCAGUAUGAAAAUAAAUUCAAUUGAAGUUUUUUGUUCAGUAUGAAUCCACCCCAUGCCUUUACUUUGAUUUAACGACCACUUGACGCGACACCUCACUCUCCAAUAAUACCGCCAAAAACGGGUCGAGUUGGAAAUCCAGAGCUAAAUGCUGUCAUCUUUAAAAUGGAGGUGUGGUGAUACGGUGGCACUUAAAGAAUGAUCAAAUCUUUUUUUUCCGACCCUUGUCAGUGCCUUAUCUGAAUCUGUUAGUAAACACUUAAUGUUCACUGCCAAAGCAGAGAGCUUGUUUUUAAUAAGGUGAGUAAAAGAGAGCACACACAGGAUUUGCUGAACUUCUUUUAUAUGAACAAAAGAUUAUACUGUAAAUACAUAUUGUUCUGCACUUUUGUAUGAAAUUUCUUUACAUUCUAUACAAAUCUAUUUGAUGAAAUAGCUACGUUAUACAGUAGGUUGUACUGUGAUUUAGACGGGAGUGUCUCUUUGAGAGCUGGCAGUAGGCAGUGAGACGGCUGGAGGCUUUCGAUUGGGACAGUUCGUUUUGUCUUGAUGACGAAGCCUUGAAACAUGAAAUGUAUCAAGUCAUUGAUCUUUUGUACAUUUAACUUAAUAAAUCCAAGGUCUAAGACUA